CACUCAUCGCGGGCUGCUCGAGCUCCAAGGUUGGCAUCUUCGGCGUCCUCUAGCAUUGACCAAUUGCUUGGUUACCUCCGAGUCUACGAGGGUAGUUGAUACCGGCUCCCGCAUUCUCGGCGACGACGCCCUUCCUUCCCCCCAACGCAACCCUGGCGCUUCAACCCCAGACCUUCGGCGAGGGCCCGACAGCUGUGGCCAAAAUGGCCCAGCCCACUGCCCAGCCGGUCGAGGACUACGACUAUGAAGCGCUACCGCCCAACUUCUCCCUUGUCCAGAACAUGGCCGCUGGCGCUUUUGCCGGCAUAGCGGAACACACUGUUAUGUACCCUAUCGAUGCUAUCAAGACACGAAUGCAAAUCAUCAACCCUUCAGCUGGCACGGUCUACAAGGGUAUGAUUCAGAGUACGAUGCGCAUUGCUAGUGGCGAAGGCUUUAUGAACCUGUGGAGAGGCAUGUCGAGCGUUGUUGUAGGAGCUGGCCCUGCACACGCCGUCUACUUCGCUACUUACGAGGCUGUCAAGCAUUUAAUGGGUGGCAACAAGACUGGCACACAUCAUCCCCUAGCAGCUGCUACGAGCGGAGCUUGUGCGACUAUUGCGAGCGAUGCGCUGAUGAACCCUUUUGACGUCAUCAAGCAACGGAUGCAAAUACAGAACUCGAGCAAAAUGUAUCGUUCUAUGACCGACUGUGCGAAAUAUGUUUAUAAAACUGAAGGUCUUUCUGCCUUCUAUAUCUCCUAUCCGACUACCUUAUCCAUGACAGUUCCUUUCACCGCCCUCCAAUUCCUCGCCUACGAAUCUAUAUCAACUGCCAUGAAUCCUAACAAAGCGUACGAUCCAUUCACGCAUUGUACGGCCGGCGCGGUGGCUGGAGGGUUUGCCGCUGCCUUAACCACGCCCAUGGAUGUCAUCAAGACAAUGUUGCAGACGCGAGGGACAGCCACCGACCAUGAACUUAGGUCUGUAAAUGGUUUCGUAGCAGGCUGCAAGUUGUUGUACCAAAGGGAAGGGAUGCGCGGCUUCUUCAAGGGUGUUCGGCCGAGGGUGGUCACAACAAUGCCAAGCACCGCGAUAUGCUGGUCAGCAUACGAGGCGUCCAAGUAAGCAUAGGUCCCUAGCUUCUGAACCUGGCGGGGGCGGAAAAUCCGUAUUUUCUUUGAUUGGCCUGUUCUAGCUAACAACUAAUCUACCAGGGCAUACUUUAUUCGCACAAACACGACUGCGUGAUACACUACGGGCAAUUAGCCUUGUCCUGGGAUUUCAACGCCAAGUGAGAUUUGAA